AUGGCAAAGACAAAAGGAAAUGAGAGUAUGAAGAAGAAGAAGAACCCAUUCAUGGAACCACCAAAGAAGCAAAUCAAGCUAGGGAGUAGUAGCUCCAAUGCAAGAGCAGAAAUACCAACUUCACCACAUUCCAUUGAUUCAAGUCAAGAACAUGUGGAGAGUCCAAGAAGAGGAGAAGAUGAUUGGGCACUUGUAACCUUUGUUGGAGAACAAAAUCAAGACCCAAGAAAGUGUAAGAAGGCAAUGGAGAAGGUGAACAUCGAGCCAUGUGUGAAGAUGGACACCCAAACCCUUGAUCUUCUCAAGAUAAGAGAUGAUGUCACAUGGUACAUAAGGAAGCUAGGCUUGAGCAAGCUCUUCAAGCUAGAAUGUAGUGAGUACUCACAACUCACCAAGGAGUUCCUCUCUACAGUAGCUCUUGCCUUUCCCAACCACAAUGGAGACCAACCAGCUGGUGAAGGACUCCUACUCUUCAAGAUAGGCGAUGCCAAUGGGCGCAUAUCUAUCUCAGCUCUAUGCAAACUCUUUGGACUUCCCAAUGAGACAGCACAUGACUUCAAGGAGAACUCAAAGAGGAAACAAGCUGCCUUUGCUGAUUGGACACACUUUGCCAAUGAACCAUUCAUGCCUUCAAGGUCAAAGGUGUCUAGAAUCACCCAUCCAGCCAUUCGCUAUGUGCACCGCCUCAUCUCCACCACUUUCCAAUGCAAACAAGAAGCCAACAAGGUCACAACUGAUGAGUUCUACAUCCUCACCACACCAUUCAUCAAGCAUGAGUACAAGGCCAACCUUGGACUUUUACUUGCCAAGACAUUCAUCAAUGUGAGGAAGCUAGCUAAAGACUUGGAAGGCAACAAGAAGCUUUGUGUUCGUUUUGGGAGGCUUAUCACGGCCAUAGUACUGCAUGUGGGGAUUGACAUUCCCAACUAUGAGCCACUACCCAAGCCAACCCCUUUGGAUCUCCAUGCUCUUCAGCACAUCCACUUCCUAAACCGUUGGACUAAAGACCCAACUCGGUUUUGCUAUGAGUUUCCAAUUGGUCCAGCCAACACUUCCCUUGUCUUGCUGCCACAUGAGGACAUCCCAAGCCUACGCUCAGGAGUUGUCACUUUCCAGCCCAAUGAGGAAGAGUUCUAUGUUCCAUCAACAUGCAGUCAAGACUCAACGCCGCUCCAAGAACGCCAUGUUCUCACUACUGGCAUGGCUGCGCACCAAGCUCUAGACCGUGUUAACAAGCUGGAGAAGAUAGUGGAAUGCCAAUCUCGCUUCAUCUCGCGCCUAGUCCGCGUAGUUCGCCACAUUGCACCGGAGAGACUCUUUCGCCCUUCUUCCACCGCUAGAGAGCCAUAUGAGCCUGACCUUGGUGAGUUCUCACUAGACUCAGAGCUUGGUUCAGAAGGCGAUGACCCCAUAGAUGAGGAAGAGAGUUCUUCUCACUGCCACACAUAG